UUUAUUGACCUUUAGUCCUUUAGUUAGGUAAAUCAUUGAGCCUUCGUUUAUAAAUACAGACAUGUGAACCAUGUAGAUCAUAAGAAACUUGCCUUUCAGAAUUCCCUCAGAUAAAACUCAAAGACGCAGAAUGGAAGGGGAGGUGAACAACUUUGCAAUGGUAUGGAUCGCGGUCUUGGCCUCCCUUUGUUAUUGUCACACCGUAGCUAAGUUCAUUCCCAAAGGCGCCGCUAGGUUUCUAGCCAUUCUUCCGAUUUCAAUCAUAUUUACACUUCUUCCUCUCAAUCUUACCACUAUGCAUCUCGGAGCUACAUCUUCUUUCUUUAUUGCAUGGCUAGCAAACUUCAAGAUCCUCCUCUUUGCCUUCGACAAAGGACCUUUAUAUUCCAAUACCCCGAUUCCAUUAUCACUCUUUGUGCCUCUGGCUUGUCUCCCUGUUAAGAUAUAUGAUCACUCAGGUAAUGAAUUUAAAGAAACCCCAUCUCAUCAAGUUCCCGGAAAACAAAAUAAAUCCCUUUUAAACUAUGGUAUCAAGAUCUAUGUAUUAGGUUUUCUGAUGAAUAUGUAUGUUUACAAAGAUAUUUUCCAUAAAAAUUUCAUUUUGGUACUAUAUAGUAUCCACAUGUAUCUAGGUCUAGAGUUGUUGUUAGCCAUGUUUGGUGCCUUAGCUAGAAUGAUAAUGCAAGUAGAGUUGGAGCCACAAUUUAAUGAGCCUUACCUUGCAACUUCAUUACAAGAUUUCUGGGGUAAAAGAUGGAACCUAAUGGUUUCGAAAAUUCUGAAACCUACUGUAUUUGAACCAACCCGAUCAAUUUCCACGAGCCUGGUAGGACGAAGAUGGGCUACAUUUGUCGGUGUCCUGGCUACAUUUUUCGUAUCUGGUUUGAUGCAUGAGUUGGUUUUUUAUACUUAUGGAAGACAGAAGACAAGGGGGGAAGUUAUGUGUUUUUUUCUUAUCCAUGGGGUGACUGUGUGCAUUGAAAUCGGAUUGAAGAAGGCGGUGAACGGAAGAUUCCGGCUACCAGAGAUGGUAACAGGACCCCUGACGAUAAUGUAUCUUGUAGUUACAAGCUUUUGCCUAUUCUUUCCUCCAUUUUUAAGGGGAAAUGCAGAUGUAAAAGUUUGUACAGAGUUUCUUGCUUUUGUUGAGUUUGUUUGGAAGGGUAGACUUGUUGGUCCAAAUAAUAUGUCUUGCUCAUCUAUACUAUAAUAUAAUAAGCCAACAUAGGUUUAAUUUGUA